CGGCCACGGACAAGAAUAUGCCAAGAGGAGGUCCGUCCAACUGUUGUUGACCGUUGGUGGGCUAUUCAAUCAUUCUGCAUUUGACUUGGCCCUACCCACAUGGUCCGCAUUGCCUCGCUCGCUGCUGCUUUCACGGCCACCGCCGCCGCCACGAUCUCCCACCGCACGCUCCGCGAGUUGGAAAUCGCCGAUGAAACCGAGAUCAUGGUUCGGUUCGUGUCCCCCAACAGCCUCGCCAAGCUCGACACCGAGUCGCUGCCCCGUGAAGACCGCGCCCUGGCCGUGUUCAGCACUCUAUCUGCGGACUCUGCCAUCGCGACGGCGGCGGGCGUCGAGCUGGCGAAAGCGGCGGGUGUCGAGUACACCGCGUACUGGAUCGAUACCCUCUUGUACAUCAAAGGCGCCAAGAAGGACCUCGUCGAUCAGUUGAGCGGGUUGCCGUCGGUGGAGAGCAUCGGCCCCGUGGAAGUAUACGACUUGCCCGUGAUCAAAGAAGAUGGCCCCCACGUUGCCGUCACCAACUCCACUGUGGAGUGGGGCGUGACGAUCAUUGGCGCCCCCACCGCGUGGGCUCGUGGAAACAAGGGGAAGGGCAUCGUCGUGGCUUCCAUCGACACGGGUGUCCGACUCACCCACGAAACGUUGCAAGCCAACUUCCGCUCGGCCAACGGCUGGUACGAACCCUCCACCAAGUCCAAGCUCCCCAACGAUCGCCACGGACACGGCACCCACGUCACCGGCACCAUCGCCGGCCUCAACGGCAUCGGUGUAGCUCCCGAAGCCAAGUGGAUUGCGUGCGCCGGGUGCCCCGCCGGCUCGUGCCCCCAAACCGACUUGUUGGCGUGCGCCCAGUACAUCACAUGCCCCACCGACACGGACGGGAACAACCCCGACUGCAAGCUCGCCCCCCACGUCGUCAACAACUCGUGGGGGUCCCGCCGCAACGGCGACACCUGGUACGAAGCGUCGAUUCAAGCGUGGCGCAAGGCGGGUAUCAUCCCCGUCUUUUCCAACGGCAACGCCGGCCCCGGCUGUGGCACCGUGGGCGUUCCCGGUGAAUCUGCAUCUGUGAUCGGCGUAGGGGCCACCGACUCGGCCGACCUCUUGGCCAGCUUCAGUUCCAAGGGACCGGUACCCAACCGAACUCUCAUCAAGCCCGACGUGUCGGCCCCCGGUCGCCUCGUCCGCUCGGCUGGUUCGGCCUCCGACACCGCCUAUGCGACUUUCUCGGGAACCUCCAUGGCAUCCCCCCACGUGGCAGGCGCUGUGGCGUUGAUCUUGAACGCUAACCCUGGAGCGUCGUACGACACUGUGUACAAGUUGCUGGCGACUACAGCUGACACGGCCUCGUUGAAGCCUUCCGGUGCCAACUGCGGUGGAGUGAGUGACUCGAAGUACCCCAACAACGACUUUGGUUACGGUCGUAUUAACGCCAACAAGGCGUCGACCACCAAGCCCGCCUGUUAAAUGUUCUAUUGUGUUGGUAGUGAGUAUACUGAAUUACAGCGUAGUAAUAAUAUACUAUCUGUGCUGUAUAUA